GGCACGGACAGACUGACGGACAGACUGAGGAACCCAGGGAAGGAGGGACCGGUGGGAGCACCUCCAGGCCAUGCCCGGGGAGGCCGUCCGUGCCGAGCUGCCGCUGCCCGAGGCCAGGGGCCCCGGGCCCCGCACAGAUCUCUCCUGUGAUGCAGCUGCUGCCAUUCUGAAGGGGGACAAACAGGAGCCCCAUGUACUUCCCCCAGGACCCAGCCCCUUGGCCCUAGCAUUCCUGCCCAGCAAGCCAGGUGCUCGGCCCCAGCCUGAGGGAGCCAGCUGGGAUGCUGGGCCGCAUGGGGCCCCCUCAGUCUGGGAAGACCCAGCAGAGGGAAGCCCAAGCCCAGCACUGCUCCCUGAGGGCCUGCCCCUCCAAGCUCUGCCUGAGGAGGGCCAGCCCCUUGAGGCUCUGUCCCCCAAGGCCCCUCUGCCCACCACCCUGGAGCCCCGGAUUGUGAUGGGUGAGGAGACAUGCCAGGCCCCUCUGUCACCCAGAGCAGCCUGGCCAGUGCUCAGGGACCAGGAGGGUGGGCACACCCACUGGCACCCACCCCCCGAGCUGUGUUCUCAGGGUGAUCUUCCUGUGCCUUCCCCUCCCCCAGACCUCGAUUCCUACUUCACACCUCCUGCUACCCCUACCAAAACCACCUGUGCUCUGCCCCCCUGCCCUGGGCCCCAUCGAAACACAUGGACCCCAGAGGCUGAGCUUCUGGAUGAGCUGCUGGACUCGGGGCCCACCUCACCCUCGGGCUCCUAUGUCACUGCUGAUGGGGACAGCUGGGCCUCAUCCCCAUCCUGUUCCCUCAACCUGCUGGCCCCCACUGAGGGGCUGGACUUCCCCUGUGACUUGGGCCUCUCCCCUCUGGGUUCCAUGGCAGAUGAAGGAGAGCCAAACUCUGCCAUGCCCCCAGAGUCACCAUCCUUGGAGUCCAGCCUCUCCACAAACAGCAGCUCUUCCUGGAGCCAGGAGGGCCACUUCUUCGAUCUGGAUUUCCUGGCCAAUGACCCAAUGAUUCCAGCUGCCCUCUUGCCCUUCCGGGGUAGCCUCAUCUUCCAAGUGGAAGCUGUGGAGGUGACACCACUGUACCCAGAGGAGGAGGAGGAAGAGGAGGAGGAGGACGAGGAGGACGAGGAGGAAGAGGAGGACGAGGAGGAAGAGGUGGCAGCUGAUGCUCUAGUCCCAGACGGGGACCUGGCAGGAGAGGGUGAAGAGGACAGCACAUCUGCCUCGUUCCUGCAGUCCCUAUCUGACCUGUCCAUCAUCGAGGGCAUGGACGAGGCUUUUGCCUUCCGCGAUGACAUGUCUGCAGCCUCCUCUGACUCUGACUCUACCUCGUAUGCAGGGGCAGAUGAUGACAGGCUGUACAACACAGAGCCCCAUGCCCAACCCAGCUCCCUGCUGCAAGACAGUGCCCAGAAGACAGAGCAGGAGCCCAGAGUGGGGGUCCCAAGCUGGGGCCCUGGGGCCUCAGGAGCCGUGGCCAUCCCUCAGGCCUCAGAGGAAGAUGCUCAUGUCACACACAGACAGCAACCAGUAGCAGAGAAAGCAGAAACAAAUCUCCCUCUUAUUGGGGAGUCCAAGGCUACUGCGGCCCCUCCAGUUGUGCAGGCUGCCCAGAACCUCCAGGUGGAGCCAGCUACCAGAGCAAUCCCUCAGGCAGGGGAUAAGGGACUUGGCUCCCAGGCUAGAGGAGCUCCUGCCACCAGCCCACUUCAGCCCUCCUGGGAGGGGCUAGGCAGGGAGCUCACUGGCACAGACCCCGCUCCAGCUCUGGGAGAAGCCAGCCCUGGCUUGUACCCAGAGCUUCCUGAGAACUUGCAGAAAGGCAGCCUGAGCCUUCCCUCCGGUCCAGAAAAGGAUGUGGCCACACUGGGGCCCCAGCAAGCUGAGGGAGGUGUUACAGUACCCCAGGACUCUCCUGCCUCCGUACUUCCAGAUGCAGAUGGCACCUCAGCCCAAGAACCCAUGGCUGAGGCCACACUGGGGCCCCAGAAGACAGAAGCAGGUGUCACCCUGCCUCCAGACUCUCCCAUGGCAGCACUCCUGAAUGAGAAUGUCACCUCAGACCCAGAGUCCAUGACUGGGGCUACUCUGGAACCCCAGAAGACCAAAAGGGGUGUCAGCCACUUCAUAGACUCCCUUGUGACCACACCUCCACUCUCGCAAGACUCAGAUUCCACCUUGGGCCCAGAGCCAGUGACUGAGGACACUUCUUGGAGUCUACAAGCAGAGGUGGGCCACAGCCUCGGGACUAAGCCAAGGGCCUCUGUGACCCAGCAAGAGUUAGAGAUGGCCUUAGGAGCAAGGCCAGUGUUGGAAGAAAAGGACGCCACUCCUUCUGGAGAACCAGAGGCUCCAGCCUCGACUGCAGACAAACAAAUUGGCCCAGAGUCAGCUACUGAGGUUGCGACUCUCUGGCUAGGUCCCACCUGGGGCAUGGAGGCCCCCAGGACACCUGGGACCACCCCUGGAGCUGGAGUUGAAGUAGCUGAAGGUCUGUUUGUACCUGAGCAGGAAGCAUGGCUUGAAGCCUAUAAUGGGAUUGUGACCCACUUGCUUCCAAAGGAGACUGUGGAGACUAAGAAAGAGGGAGGUGGAGGCCUCCAGCCACCAGCGCAGGGACAUGGGCCUCAAGACUCAAGGGAGGCUCCCAAGGCACAUUCUGCUGCCUGCCCAGAGGUCAGGCAGGCACAGAGCCUGAGCCCAGCUAGGGAGGUAAGGGGCCUGCGCAAGGCUCUUCCAGGAGCCCAACUUCCCAUGACCUCUUGCCCAAGAUCCCCAGCAAGGGCUACAUGCAGGCCAGACAAGGGCUGCCCUGAAUGGCCAACCCCCACCGCUCAGCAGCAGGAACCUCUGCUGGACCUGGGCAGUGGGAAACAGCACCAGACCACCUCCAGUGCCCUUGACUCCCCCCCAUCACAGCCCCUAGAAAACCCUGCUAGGGACCUGCCCAGUGCACCCCAGAGUCAGCUGGUGGCCCCUGGUCCAUCUGCUCCUGGUGUCCUUGCUGGGCCAGCCCCCUCAGCCCUGGGGCCCCCCACCCCCUGCCUAUGUCCUGGCCCACAGGAAGAUUCUGUGGAUGACGACGACAACGAGGAGACCUCGGCCACGGGGGACCUCCAGCUGCCUCUCGUGGCAGCCCUUCACACAGGAACCCAGUGGGCUGCUGCCGCUGCCACCUCAGGAACCACAAAGCCUCUGGGGGCCAGGCAGCGGGCCAGCCUUCUGCCCCCCUCCCCACUUCCUAGCCCCAAGGCAGCCCCCAAGGAUGCCAAAGACACAGCCAAGAGCCUGGCCCCUCGGAUCUCAAGCCCCUGCCAAGUGCCUCCUCCCUUGGGAGCCCAGAGCCCCUCUGGCCCUGGACAGCACCCAGCCCCUGAGCAAGAGGAUGAGGACAGCCUGGAGGAGGACUCACUGCAGGUGCUAGGCCCGGGCCAGCAUUCAGAUAGCCAUGGGGAGUCAUCAGCUGAGCUGGAAGAACAGGAUACCUCAGUACCUCAGAAGGCACAGUGCCCAGCCCAGGUGCUGGCCCAGGGGGGCAGGCAGGCCUUGGGGGAUGGGGGCAUCCUCACUCACAGAGGCUCAGUCCCCACCUUUUCACAGGCUCCAACAGGCAGCAGUGAGGCCAUCGCCAAAGCCAAGCAGAGUCGCAGUGAGAAGAAGGCACGCAAGGCAAUGUCUAAGCUGGGCUUGCGACAGAUCCAGGGAGUCACCAGGAUCACCAUUCAGAAGUCCAAGAACAUCCUGUUUGUCAUCGCCAAGCCUGAUGUAUUCAAGAGCCCUGCCUCCGACACCUAUGUGGUCUUUGGAGAGGCAAAGAUAGAGGACCUGUCCCAGCAAGUGCACAAAGCUGCCGCAGAGAAGUUCAAGGUGCCCUCAGAAGCCUCCGUCCUGGUCCCUGAGUCCACACCAGGGACCCGGGAAAGGGCCGAGUGCGAGGAGGAGGAAGAGGAAGAGGUGGAUGAGGCUGGACUGGAGCUGCGUGACAUUGAGCUGGUAAUGGCCCAGGCCAACGUAUCCAGGGCCAAGGCUGUGCGAGCCCUAAGGGACAACCACAGUGACAUUGUCAAUGCCAUCAUGGUGAGCACAUGUGAUCCUACCCCUUCCCUGCACACGCUUCACAUUUCCUGCUCCCAGCUGUACACAGAGAGGCCCACCCUCAAUGUGACCCUCUACAUUUUUCUGCAGGAACUGACUAUGUAGCUGCUGGUUGGAAGCUGGUCCAUUCUGCCCCUCUCCCAGCUGUGCUGCCCAAUAAACCAGUGUCCUACCAUCACCUUGUGGAGACUCCUCAAAACUCUUCUGUCACAUUGCCUGCUGUCAUCCAUUUAAUACUCGCUGGUGUCAUCUUA